AUGAGGAAUUCUGUAGCAGCAUACUAUGUUUUUGAAGAUGAAGUCCUUGAGCUUUUUGGUGGUGAUCACGGCCAAGGGUUCAACCUUGGCCCGCUUGGUGAAUGGCUAUACUCAAAAGAACCCAAUUCAGUUGUUUACGUGAACUUUGGUAGUGUUGCAGUCAUGACGGCCCAUCAACUAAUUGAGUUUGCGUGGGGACUUGCGAACAGCAAGCAAACCUUUUUGUGGGUCAUUAGGCCCGACCUUGUUGCUGGUGACACAGCAAUUCUACCACCAGAGUUUUUGACAGAGAUCAAAGAAAGGAGUAUUUUAGCAAAUUGGUGUCCUCAGGAACAAGUUUUAAGCCACCCAUCAGUUGGUGGAUUCUUAACCCAUAGCGGGUGGAAUUCUACGCUUGAAAGUAUCGGUGGUGGAGUUCCCAUGGUUUGCUGGCCCUUUUUCGCUGAACAACAAACAAAUUGCCGAUACAGUUGCAAAGAGUGGGGCAUAGGCAUGGAGAUAGAUAACGACGUGAAAAGAGAUGAAGUUGAAAUCCUUGUUCGAGAGUUGAUGGAGGGAGAGAAAGGGAAAGAGAUGAAAAAGAAAGCCACUGAAUGGAAGAAGAUGGCUAAACAUGCCAUUACUGCUCCUGCAGGAUCAUCUUACAGGAAUCUGGACGAGGUUAUCAACAAAGUGCUUCUGACUCCAAGAAGUUAGACUUAUUAAAUGCGUCAUGGAUUGCCAACUUUAAAUUUCUUCCUUCUUGUGAUUCAAAUCUCUCUAUGUUUGGACCUAGUAUUUCAUUUAUUAUCGUAAUCCAUGCCGAUAUAAAGUGUAAACGCAUCCCUCCAUACUUCAAUUAUACCAUAGAUCAGGUCGGUUGUGCGUCAUUCCGGCACCGGCCAUUUUUGUUGUAGUC